CGUUUGCACAUUUGCUUGCAAUUGUCAGGCGUCGGCGCCAGUUGACCCGUUUGCACAUUUGCUGCUGCUUCGUCCUUCACAAUGCGAAACUGUCACUGGAAACUUUUGGUGGCCAUCGCAGUGGCUGUCGUAGUCGUGCUGACCAUCUCGAUCACGCUGCCGCUGCUUCGCAUGUACGGCGCACUCGGCUCCAACAGCAACGAUCAGGAUUCCGAACCUGAAAUUCAAUUUGAUUCGGAUGAAUUCAAACACAAUGCCAAUGCCAAGGAAAAUGACAAGCCCGCUCCCCCUCCCAAACCCACCGUGGCAGUCGCGCCCGUUGUGCAUCAGCCGACUCUCUACACCGUCAUGACAGCCAAUGAGAACGCGUUGAACUUGACGGAACGACUGGCAUUUGAACUCGUCAAUCAGCUGACCGUUGCGGGAAAAGUCGAGUUUAAUUUGCAACAAAGCAAAGCGGCGCAGCAAAACCUACCGGAGAUCGUCUGCUCGAGCAAACUCGUGAUGAUGCAAAUCACAAAUUAUGGGGGGACUGUCAAUAAUCUUGUCGGGGAACUGAUUCAACCUUUCAAACCGGGUCGGCGCAUCGUUGUCAAAGGGAAAGUUUUUGAACACCCAACAUGUUUUGCUGUCAGCCUGGACACAGACCUGUACCACAAUUACCAGGUGGUGGCCUACCUGAGCGCUCGCUUCAAAUUCCAAAACGAACAGUACGUGUUUGUGCGGGAAUGCCGCACGACUGGCAACGUCAUGGUGAAACCGGAUCGCUCUCAGACCACCUUCCCCUUUGAGGAAGGCAAAUUCUUUGAGAUGGUCAUCUUGGCUGGCGAGGACAAUCGCUCCAUCACCAUCAGCAUCACCGGCAAUGCCACCUUCACCUACACGUCUCUAGUCGAACUCGACACAGUCACAUAUGUGAGAACAAUGGGCCACAUGAAACUGAUUGAUAUCUGGCAGAUGUGAGAAUCGCGACGACGCAUCUUCUGCAUCCAUCUCCAAAAAAUGUUUUCAAAUUUUUCUGUGAAUUUAAAGAAGCACAGCAGCCGGAGAUUGUCCUGAAUGAAACAAGCUCCAGAAUGGUUAGAAUUGAAGCAAGAUUAAUGUUAAAGACAUGCUAUUGAAUGAAUGAGAAGACUGAAGCUCUAGAAUUGAUGUUGAGCUUUUGAAAUUGUAUUUCUUGUAUUUAUGGAUUUCUAAUAAACAGCAUUGCAAAAGC